CCAGGGCGUCAUCACUGUGGACGAUUUCAAGGCGCAUCCCACCAUCAUGAAGUGGGCCUUUGUGUACUUAAAGACGGAGCCCAGCACGCAGACCAAGGAGAUUAGAAAAUACCUCGUCCGUUGGCUGCCGUACCACUUGAACCGCCUUGGCGAGCUCAACGAAGAAAGAGGCGAACUAAUGCAGAAUGAAAGGCUCCAGAUUGGAGAGGAGCUGUAUGGGCUGUUUAAAGAUGAUGCAGCGUUCAGGGGUCAUAAGGCAACCCUUGAGCAGAAUCAUUGGGCCGCGGAAGAGAUGGACGAUAUGCAGAAGUGGUUCAAGGAUUUAGGCGUGGUGCGCACGCUGGAGAAAGCUUGGCGGAAUGCAGUCCAGUCGGCUGCAAGCCCGUAGAGGGUAUCUAAAGGAACUCGUGGCGAUGGUUGUGAGGGGGCUCUUGAGGGAGAGGAGCUGGGAGGUCCAUGGCGCUUGGUUGUGGAUCAAGCAGUUUAUGCAUUCUGAUGUCAAAGAUCAUCAGAAGGCCUCCAAGCCCUCUAAGGAAGACAAUGCAGAUUUAGACAGCAACGCCAAUUCAGCCAGUUCAUCUAGCAAGAUUAACUGGUAUAGCAUGGGCGCCUGGUCUCAAGACAUCCUCUGGCUAUCUGAAUCGGAGCUGGACUCCCUAUGGUACGAGCGACUUGCUGAGGUUUCAUCCUCAGAAAGCUACCUGCGCGAUGUGACCAUAUCACUCUACGAGCGCGCCAUAGAGAAGGAGAACCCCAGCUGGUUGCGUCAUCGCGGCCUCGGGAAAACACUUCAGCAAGAAUUCCAAACUCUAGAGGCUAUCGAGCAGAUGCAGCUCGCGCUGACGGCAGCAGAACGGGAUGAUGCUAGUCCCAAGCCAGAGGCCAGGGACAUCGUAGAUUUGCAUUUGCGACUGCGCCCCUAUGCCUUGGCGGCCAAGGAUAUGAAAAAGUCGGCAGAUCAUUACGCGCUGGCGUGCAAGAGCGACGAUGCUCAGCAAGC